CGUUAAUGAGCAUUCUCUCUCUCGUCUAAGGAACGACUCCGAAAAAAAAAACAAAAAAAAACCCUAUCGUAUAUUUGACGGCGUCGAGAAACAUCAUCAUCAUCAAUGGAGGAAGAAGUGGCGAGAGAAGAGGUGGAGAUCGAUAAGGAUCUGCAGAGGAAAAUAGAGAAGACGGUGAAGAAGAUCUUGAAAAAGUCGAACUUGUACAAGAUGACAGAGAUCAAGGCGCGAGAACAAGCUUCAGUUGAAUUGGAUCUCGAUCUCUCUCAAGAUCCUUACAAGGUCAUCGUGAGAGAAGUAGUUGAAAAUUUCAUAGAAGAAGCAAUAAAGGUGGUAGGCAAUAAGAUUGCGAAGCUUCCGACGAAGAAAGAGUCGAGGGUUUCAAUCUAAAGUGCUUAUCUAUCUUGUGUUGAUCCGAAAUUGGAUAAAAUUAAACUGUAUGGUGAUUGAUUUCAGUGAUUAUUGCCGCAAAUGUUUUUUUUAAGUUUAAACUUUAAACUAAACCUUGAGUUGUUAUUUCGAAUCUUGACUAAUCUGAUACUAGAAAAAACAGCAUCUAUAUCGUAAUUUUCAUCAUCUAUA